CGCCGCGUCGGGGGCAGUUGUAGGGAGGGGGGGGAGGUUUUUCGCGUGGAGGUAUAUAUACGCGCGCGGCGUCCCUGCGAGCACGUCUGCAUCGUUCCCAACCGACGCGGCGACGACGACGACCGCACCGCCCACGAUGUCGUCGUGACGUCACAGUGUACGAGCUCAACUACGGUGCUGCCACCAACUAACGACGACGAUGAAGCCGACGACGACAACGACGACCGUGGCGUGUUUCGCCCUUCUCGCGCUGGCUGUGUUGGCAAGCGUCGGUCCGACGGCGGGCAAGCACAGCGACUUCGCCAAGCUGCGGCGGACGGCGACGGGCGAACACGAACUGCGCAUCUACUACAACGGCCUGCUCGCGAAGCGGACGUGGGCGACGGCGGCGACCUCUAACGGCAGCAGCGAGCGAGCGCUCGAGCUGCGCGAAGUCAGCGACGGCAGCAAGGUACUGCGUACGAUACACGCGCACGGAGGCCACCUGGCGGACUGCGACAUGUCGGUCGACGCCGCCGACGUCGAGCGAUUCGUCCGAGACUUCUAUCGCGACGACGACAACGCGACCGACGUCGCCGUGCCGACGACGACCGCCGACGUGCGCGCGACGACGGACAUGCGUCGCAUGCGCCGCGAGUGCAACCACCUCCACCGGACGCUGAGGAGGCAGCUGAAAAAGGAAGGCCGGAAACGGAAGCGCGGCGACAACGACGACAGGAAGCGGGCGACCCACGCGCGACGUCGACGCGCCGUGCUGGUUCCCGGAACCAAGUGGUGCGGCGCCGGAAACUCCGCCAACGACAUCGACGACCUGGGCGACGAGGCCGCGACCGACAGCUGCUGUCGCGCGCACGACCAGUGCAGCAUCACUGUCGGCGCUUACUCGUGGCAGUACGGCCUCUUCAACGCUCGCUUCACGACGCUCAGCCACUGCGACUGCGAAGAGACGUUUCGCCAGUGCUUGCGUAACAGUAUGUCGACGAUGGCACACCUGGUGGGCGUCUUAUACUUCAACUACGCCCAGCCGGACUGUUUCAUUCUGAAGCCGGAGAGCCAGUGCGUGCAAGGAUGGUGGACGUGCCAGAAAUACGACACGGUGAUGGUCGGCAAGAAACAGCAGAACAGCGCUUACGAAAGGCUUUAGAUGAAUCCCUGCGACAAUGCAGUAGGAUGCUGUCGUCGGCCGAGGUCCGAAGCAUCACCUUGGGCCUGGCGCAGACCUGCGACAUUUUUUUAUGCAACUCGACAGCUAGAAUCGCUGUAAAAAUGGCUGUGAAAUCGCUAUG